AUGAUUAUGUGUAUUGAGUGGAUUAACCCUAAUCUAAUUGAGUCAACAAAACUACAGUACCGUUUGCUGAUUGCUUUGGGCACCGGUAUUGUGUAUGCAGUGGUGGGUCUGUUGUCCAUGUAUUUCAACAGCAGGACAGACAUUGACAACAAACGGAUCCGACUUUUAUAUCAUAUCAAUUGGAUUAUUGCUGUCAUCAAUGCCUCCAUAGGUUUGAGUGCCAUUGUCUCCACUGUCCAACAUAUGGUCAUGAAAUCGGUCUGA